UCUUCACUUUCUUUCUCCUUAAACUCUCCUAGAAAAAAAAAAUGGCAAUCUUUUCCUUUAACACCAUAAACGCAACCUUAUUUAUUUCUUGUUUCUUGAUUUUCCUCUCAUUUCCGGUGUUUUCUUUCCCUUCUUCGAUCCAUGAUCUUCUCCGGUCAAGAGGGCUGCCGCCGGGGCUUCUUCCGAAGGAAGUGAAAUCUUAUUCGCUUUCUGAAAAUGGGAUCCUCGAGGUUGUUCUUGAAGAGCCAUGUUUAGCCAAAUAUGAGACCAGGGUUUUCUUCGAAAGCGUUGUGAAAGCUAAUCUCAGCUAUGGCAGUCUCAACGGCGUCGUGGGUUUGUCUCAGGAAGAACUCUUUCUAUGGCUUCCGGUGAAAGAUAUCAUCGUUGAUGAUCCAACUUCUGGCCUCAUUUUGUUCGAUAUCGUUGUUGCUCACAAAGAACUCUCUCUGUCUCUCUUUGAAUACCCUCCUGACUGUAAACCUCAAGGCGUGUUGAAGAAUCAUGUGAGGGAGGAGACGGCAGGAGCUGAGGCUCUGAGAUAGAAAGAAGAGGAGAGAUGCCAAAAAUACAAACUGUGUCGACUUUGUCUUUUUGUUCUUAAUGUAAUGAUAAUUUUUAAUCAAAAGUUUAAGUUUCUAAGUA